ACCAGGAACUCGGAGGCGGGGAGAGGCUGGGAAGUGGCCGUGGCUUGUUGGACCUGACGGAGCUGCGGGCGCGGGAGCCUGAGUGGAGAGCGGAGCCCGCCGUAAGCAGCAGCGGCAGGGAUGGCGCGGGUCGCGCGGGCAUGGCUGCUGCUGCUGGCGAUCUCGGUGGUCCUGCCGAUGUGGCUGUCCUCCACAAAGGUCUCCUCACUCAUCGAGAGAAUUUCUGACCCCAAGGACUUGAAAAAACUUCUCAGGACCCGGAAUAAUGUGCUGGUGCUCUACUCCAAAUCUGAGGCUGCAGCUGAAAGUCAUCUCAGGUUAUUAUCCACUGUGGCCCAGGCCGUGAAAGGACAAGGCACCAUCUGCUGGGUAGACUGUGGUUGCAGAGUCAGCUGUGAGCCAAACAAAGGCCUUCCCGGAGCAGACGUUUCCGAUGGGGGUGAUAGUGGACACGGUCGGAUGUGGAGCCGCACCGCCAUGGACAGAAAGACCGCGGGGAACGGCGUGCAGGACUGCGGAAGUGAUGCCGAGAGUAGAAAAUUGUGCAAGAAGAUGAAAGUUGACCUGAGCACAAAGGACAAAAAGGUUGAAUUAUUCCAUUACCAGGAUGGUGCCUUUCAUACUGAAUAUAACCGAGCUGUGACAUUUAAGUCCAUAGUGGCCUUUCUGAAGGAUCCAAAAGGGCCCCCACUGUGGGAGGAAGAUCCUGGAGCCAAAGAUGUUGUCCACAUUGACAGUGAAAAGGACUUCAGACGGCUCCUGAAGAAGGAAGAGAAGCCACUCCUGAUGAUGUUCUAUGCUCCCUGGUGCAGCAUGUGCAAGAGGAUAAUGCCACAUUUCCAGAAGGCCGCGACCCAGCUGCGAGGCCACUUUGUGCUAGCUGGGAUGAACGUCUACCCCUCGGAAUUUGAGAACAUCAAGGAGGAGUAUAAUGUGCGAGGCUACCCCACCAUCUGCUAUUUCGAGAAAGGACGAUUUCUGUUCCAGUAUGACAACUAUGGGUCCACAGCUGAGGACAUUGUGGAAUGGCUGAAAAAUCCGCAGCCGCCACAGCCCCAGGUCCCCGAGACUCCCUGGGCAGAUGAGGGCGGCUCCGUUUAUCACCUGACCGACGAAGACUUUGACCAGUUUGUGAAGGAACACUCCUCUGUCCUCGUCAUGUUCCACGCCCCAUGGUGUGGACACUGUAAGAAAAUGAAGCCAGAGUUUGAGAAUGCAGCGGAAGUCCUCCAUGGAGAAGCAGACAGCUCUGGUGUCCUUGCAGCUGUCGAUGCCACUGUCAACAAGGCCCUGGCAGAGAGAUUCCACAUCUCCGAGUUUCCUACACUGAAGUAUUUUAAGAACGGAGAGAAAUCCGCCGUGCCUGCGCUCAGAACAAAGAAGAACUUUAUUGAGUGGAUGCGAAACCCUGAGGCCCCGCCACCCCCAGAGCCCACCUGGGAAGAACAGCAGACCAGCGUGUUGCACCUGGCAGGGGACAACUUCCGGGAGACCCUGAAGAAGAAGAAGCACACCUUGGUCAUGUUCUAUGCCCCUUGGUGCCCGCACUGUAAGAAGGUCAUCCCACACUUUACCGCCACUGCCGACAUCUUCAAAGAUGACCGAAAGAUUGUCUGUGCUGCUGUGGACUGCGUCAAAGAGAAGAACCAGGACCUGUGUCAGCAGGAGGCCGUCAAGGCCUACCCCACGUUCCACUACUACCACUAUGGGAAGUUUGCCGAAAAGUAUGACAGCGAGCGGACGGAACUGGGGUUUACCAAUUUUAUUCGAACGCUCCGGGAAGGAGACCAUGAGAGACUAGGGAAGAAGAAGGAAGAGUUGUAAUUUCUGCCUCAGAGAAAGCUUUUCCAUUACACUGUGAAUGAUAACCUGUUUUGUUGUUCUUUCUGAAUUUCCACAUGUUCUGAAGACAAUUUUUUAUAGCCGCUUAUGGCCAUUUUGUACAAUUUUGAAAUAAAAUCAAACCAAUUGUUUGGUGGUGUGGGUCGUUUCCACAGAGCCUGUACUAAAAGAGAUGGAGAGGUGGAUACUUGUGUUGUCCCUUAUGCCACGUCCCCUCCUGGGAGGUAGAGAGCCACACGCCGGUGUCCCAUCUGCCUGGGAGAGACACAUGAGGGCGGAGAGUAGGCACGAGGAGGGUGGCAUGGAACAGUGCCCUUCUCAGCCAUUGGAGAGCAGGACGGGGAGAUCUGAGCACAGCAUAUCCUGUUGGAAAUGACUGGUUUAGGGAGGAAAUAUGUUAAGAUAAUGAGGGAAAACGAGAUGCUGAAGCUUACGGUCACCAAGUACUAUCUUUGUCUGGAUCAUUUCAGUUUGAGUUUGGGUGGGUUUUCCUGGAACUCAUUUACAUGUUUCUCUUUCUUCAACUAUUUCUGUCUUCUCUUUUCCUCUCUCUGGUCCCUCCCUGCUCUCCCUUCACAGAAAAGCUGAGUCUCCAAUUCAGGGCUGAGCGCAGUGGGCAAGCCCAGGCUCAAAGGAGCGUCUAGAAUGGAGUAGGGGAGGGGCCUCUGUGUGCUGCUUGCUCUGUACCCUGGAAGGGGCAGACGUGAGUGGCAUAUUCUCCAUAGGCAUGCAGUUGCCGGGUCAGCCCCCGCUCACCCUGCCACUGUAACCUCCAAAUGUUACUCCCAUGUUCUCCGUGGAUGGGCACCACCCAGGCUCCUGGUCUACCCCGACAUCUCACUCUGCCUCCUUCCUCCAUUCCAUCUCUCUCCUGAUCGGCUUUCACACCGGUCAUGCUUUCUCCAUCUCUGGGUGACUUAACACCAGCCCUGUGCCCAUCGGUGUGCCGCCAGAGCCGGAGAACCCUGUGCUGUGUCUUGUCUGCCCACCGGGAGCAGAACAGCCCCCGCUCCCGCUGCCUUGACUUGACUUCUAAGCCGCCGUCCUAGCCUUGGAUUUGGGCAGUUCCAGAAGAGGGGUUGCCUAAGCUGCAGUGCUUAGCUGCUCACUUGGGUGGUUCUGUUGGCUACUUGGCCUUCAGGAACAGCCCUGUUUCCUAGCCUGGCCCCCUCCCGGCGGCCUCCAGCCUUACUGCUGAUGGGUCCGCUAAGAGGAGGACCAACAGCACAAAGCCGCAGAGCUCCUCAGGGCUGUGCUGACAGGUGCCACGGCUCUUUUAGGUGAAAUUGGAGGUUCUCAGCUUCCCAGUCCACCCUCUGCUGCUUCAGCCUCGCUUUUUUUCUCCUAAGCACACACUUCCUCAGCAGUGGCCCUGGUCUUGCCCCAAGUGAAUGGGUAUGAAAGAAAGAAGCAUGCAUUUAAACACUUGUCCUGAGCUCCUGCUGGGUACUGUACGCAGUCAUACAAGGAGCCAUGUAAUCCUGACACUGUGUCGUGCACCGUUCCUACAAGGGGCACCUGAGAGCAAGUGCAUGCACAGACAUGCUUUUUCCCUAAUGGUGAUUUGGAGGCUUUGCAGGAGGAAUGUAUUUGCUUGUGUCUUCAAAAAAAUUCGUUUUUAACUGUAUCUUUAGAACAAUACCUGACAAAAACCACUUCCCGACUGAGGACUGCUAGUGCCGACCUUCAAGGUGCGGGGCUUUCUUUUAGUCUGUUCCAUAGCCUCAAGGUCAGAUUGGCCUGGCCUGGCUUCUUGGUGAGGGCUUGAAAGCACCAGGAAAUGGCAUCACUUCUCUGUUUGCAGGAUUUGAUAAUUAUAAAGCUUUGUCAGAAUGUCUAGUGCUUACCAUGACUUUGGGCAUGACCUGAGUAGGUUCACCCCAGCUCUGGGCAGUGGCUUCUAUGGACAGAGCUCCCUACCUCCACUCCCCAUCCCCAGCCUCGUCUGUGCACUCUCUCCCACCCUUCACCCUCAUUCCCCAAUUCUGGAGCUCUGUGCAGAUGGAGCAGUACCAUGGCAUCUAGUUAGUUCUGUUCCUCCUGCCCACACUUGUUUCAUAUGGAGUUCAUUGAUCUUCAGUGCAGAACCCUCUCUACCCCUUGGGGACCUGCUGUCAUCUCACCCCCCCUUCUCCUGGAUCCUGCAUUUGCAGGCAGAUUUCUCUGCAGGAGGUGUCUGUGAGUUAGGGGAGAACUGAGUCCCAAUCUUCUUUCUGGGCUUUGGCACAACCUUCACCUCAAUUUCUCUCCUCCUCCCUGGUUUGCCUUAGCUUCCCACUUUACUUGCAUCCCCCAUGCCUCUCGCCCACCAGUGAUUCCCUAUUGCUGCCUGACUGGAGCUUUCAGAGCUGGCCCCCCAACCUUUCUUAUCCUCCCAUGCUACUGCCUCCCUUUCUGGAGGUGCUUGGCUUCCAGAAACUUCUGUGCCAGGCACAGGGAGGUGAUGCUCUGGGUUUAAGAAGUGAUGUGUGUGUUUUUGUGUGGUAUCUCAUUGUGGUUUUGAUUUGCAUUUCCUUAACGAUUAGUGUUGUUGAGCAUCUUUUAAGGUUUUUUUGGCCAUUUAUAGA